CCCCCGUGACUUUGGAGGGAAAGUUGGUGACAAAGAGAAAGAGAUAGUUGGAGGAGGAGGAGGAGGAGGCUGGUGACCCCAGUGACCUUGCGUGUUCCCUUUGAAGCAGGGAGGCUGGGCUGAGCAAACAGGAUCCCUGGCACAACCCCCGGGGUCCCAUCAGAGGAGGACAGCCACCCGCCUGCCCAGCCACUCGCCAUGAAGCUCCUCAGCCUGGUCUUGCUGCUGGGCUGCCUGUGGGGGAGCUUUGCUGCCGAGGGUGAGUACCAUGACCCCCCCAAUAACUCCCUCCCCCCCCCCAUUUGAGCUCUUGACUGCAAGAGAACUUGCAACCAGCCUAGGUGCGUCUCCAUGAUAAAACUGUUCAGAGCGGGAGGGAGCGUUAGCUUUUGGAACUCCCCGCCGCAAGGGGCUGCCAAGUCCAUCUGUUGGGGAAGCUUUGGAAGCGGGGUGCCUUUCAACAGAGUUUUACUCAGAGUUGGUGAGGUCAGUGGCCCUAUCUGAGUCACGUUCAUUUAAUGUUCAGAGUUUCUACUCUGAAUAAAACUUCUUUGAGUGCCCCCCCCCAUGAGUUUCAGGGACAUUUUGUGUGCGCGCACACACACACGGAUGAUACUGGGGACAAUCAGAAUGAGAAAGGACAAAAGAAAAAACAGAAAGAUUGAUUAAAUUCCUCCUGUUAGGCAAUAAUGUGGUUUUCAGGGGGGGGGGGCAGGGGCAGGUUGAAUUGCAUUGGGAAAUGUCAAAAUUGCAUCAAAAAGUUUCCUGAAUAUGGUCCCUGGGACUCGCCACAGCCCUCACCGGCCCUGCCCCCCCCCCGUGAGGGUCUUUGCCCAGCUGGGAAUCUGUCCUUGAACCCUGAUCCUGCCUCUUAGUUUCCCUGGAUGGAGGAUAAGGGAGGAGGGGUGUUUGUGCAGAAACCAGCCCACAGCGCAGAGCCUGUCUUGCACCACCCGCUUUCACUGAGGACCCCUCCCACCACCGUCACGUGGCCCCUGGAAAGUGAAGUAGAAGGGACUGCAGCCCUCAGGCCUGAAAGGGAUUCUCCUCCCUGUCCUUGCCCUAGGAAGCAAUCUAAUUUUGCAAUUUUAUUUCACGUGCGCUUAGCAGACAUUCAGAUUGCUUGAUAUCUGCUUGCAAUUGGCAUCUGUUUGUUGCCAGAAGUGAAUGGAGAAUUUCCCCUUGAAGAAUGAAGCGCAGGAAGGAUGGUGGAUUUCAGCCCCACUUCUCUGCCAUUAAAGGAAUAGAGAAAGGGAGAGGGUCUACAUUGCAGGGGGGUGGACUAGAUGACUCUGGGUGUACCUCCCAGCUCUACAAUUCUGUGAUUCUAUCCUUGAUACCGCGGCCUCCGUGGUGUCACUUUCUCACUCAAUACCAGAUGGCUCUUCCAAACCCUUCCAUCCACCGGAUGAAACUUGCUUUGGUUUUAAUCUACAGCAAUUCUUACCCACGGCUUGCAAGCCAAACGCAGCUCACCAACCGGCCCAGAAAGCAAGAGAUGGAGUUGGUUCCCUCUCCCUUCUCCCCAGAGCGAGCCUGAAUUGGCACAUAUUAACCACAGAGCCUAGGACUUGCCAAUCAGAAGGUCGGCUGUUCGAAUCCCCGUGACGGGGUGAGCUCCCGUUGCUCGGUCCCUGCUCCUGCCAACCUAGCAGUUCGAAAGCACGUCAAAGUGCAAGUAAAUAAAUACCGUAUUUUUCGCCCUAUAGGACGCACUUUUUCCCCUCCAAAAAUGAAGGGGAAAUGUGUGUGCGUCCUAUGGGGCGAAUGCAGGCUUUCCCGGGCUUCCUGCAGCUCUGCGCCACCCUCCGAACCCCGGCGCGAAGCCGCGCAUGGCUCCGGAGGGUGGCGUGGAGCUGCCUGCGCUCCAGGGCUUCCUGCAGCUCCGUGCCACCCUCCGGAUCCCGGCACGAAGCCGCGCGGGGCUCCGGAGAGUAGCACAGAGCUGCCUGCAUUCCAAAGCCUGGUGCGCGCUGAAGAGCGCGCCCGGGCUUCGCGCACCUCUCCACAAGCCUGGGGAGACCGGCUUGGUUCCCUAGGCUUGCGGAUAGCAGGCUGUUCUGGGGGCUGGGGUCGGGGGAAGCUCGGGCUUCCCCCGCGCCUGCUCCGUGCCUGGGGAGGGAAAAUUGUUUUUUUCUUUAUUUCCCCCCCCAAAAAAAAUUAGGUGCGUCCUAUGGGGCGGUGCGUCCUAUGGGGCGAAAAAUACAGUAGGUACCACUCCGGCAGGAAGGUAAACGGCGUUCCCGUGUGCUGCUCUGGUUUGCCUGAAGCAGCUUAGUCAUGCUGGCCACAUGACCCGGAAGCUGUACGCCGGCUCCUGAACACCGCAACCCCAGAGUUGUCCACGACUAGACCUAAUGGUCAGGGGUCCCUUUACCUUUACCUAAUUCACGCAGUGCCUAUCCUGUGCAAAUGGCAGUCACAGUGGAGUUGCUAUGUGGCGCCCCCUGGUGCCAGCCCUGACCGGGGACAAACGGACCACCUGCCUUGGUCUUUGGAAUGUAAGAACCUAGGAAAAGCCUGCAGGAUCAGGCCGGGGGCCACCGGAUCCAGCAUCCUGUACUCACAGGGGCCACCCAAGAAACCCAUAGGAAACCCAGAAGCAGGAUUCGAGCCCAAGAGCAGCUCUCCCCUCCUGCAGUUUCCAGAAAUUGUGGAGGCAGAGCAAAACCAUCAUAGCUUGGAGCCAUCCACAGCAUUCUCCAGGAAUGUGUCCAAUCCUCUUUUCAUAGAAUCAGAGAAUUGUAGAGAUAGAAGGGACCCCAUAGGGUCAUCUAGUCCAACCCCCUGCAAUGCAGGAAUCUCAGCUAAAGCAUCCCUGACAGAGGGCCACCCAAACUCUGCUUAAAAACCUCCAAGGAAGGAGCGUCCACCACCUUCAGAGGGAGUCCGCCCCACUGCCGAGUGGCUCUUACCGUCAGGACACUUUAAACCCAUCCAGGUUGGUGUCCAUUACUGACUGCUUCCUGUGGGAGGGAGUUCCAUAGGUCCCCCCCCCCCAGUUUUAUUUGUUUAUUAAAGUUCUUAUGUUACAUCGGUAAACAUUAUCAUAUUACAUCACAAGUCUUAUUAUACUGUAAUUUUCAGCAUGUAUACAAAGUUUAUAUACUUAAAGGAAAACAAAACAAAAGGACAAAAAACUAUUCCAAAAUCAUAUAUAUACCAACACUUUGGACUUCCUGUCUAUCCCGUUAUAUAUUCCUUUUUUUACAAAUGAAUGUACUCUUAUUAUUGUGUAUUUCUUUACAUUUUAUCUAAAACAUUCCUAUAUCAAUAUGUACCUGGGAGGGAGUUCCAUAGUUUAACUCUUAACUCUUCCCAUUACUCCUUGCUGUUUUGCUGGUUUUCUUUCUUUCUUUUCUUUUUAAUUUUUUUUAAAUUAACAAUUUCAACAUAACAAAAUAUCAGAACAUCUCAUAUUCAUUAUUUUCCUCCCUCCCCCCCACCUCCCCAUCAAACCCCCCUCCCUCCCCCUCAAGACUUCCCUCAGCUCCUCUCUCUGAUUUCUCAACUCAUAUUGUUCUCUGCAUACUGUAAAAUUGUAUAAAUCCUUAUAUUAUCUAUCUACUAUGUUAACAAUCAAUAAAUUUGUAUAUUCAAAACCUGCCAAAAGUUCCCAUUCUUCUUUGAAGUCACAGUUGUCCUUCUCUCGCAAUUUGUAUAUCAGUUUAGCCAGUUCUGCGUAGUUCAUCCAUUUUUCUUGCCGCUGUUCUUUUGUCGGGGUUUCCUCCUUCUUCCGUCCUUGUUGAUGGUUCUCUUUCCCCCUGGCCAGAGACCUGCGAAGGGCGCUGCAAUGAUGGCUUCAACAAGGAGAGGAAAUGCCAGUGUGACGAUCUCUGCAUGUACUACCAGAGCUGCUGCAGUGACUACUGGACUGCCUGCAAAUCCAAAGGUAUCGUCAGCAUAAGUAUACUUUUCCUAAAAGACCAGAGACACUUUUGCUAGGUCUGGUGGGAAAAGAAAUUAAAAUAAAAGAUCAGAACUUGUUCAUGUAUGCCACAGCCGCCGCAAGAACUUUACUGGCCCAAAGAUGGAAAGCACAAGAUUUGCCAACCAUCCAAGGGGUGGCAGGUGAAGAUGAUAGAUUUUGCGGAACUUGCCAAAUUGACAGGAAGGAUCCGGGACCAAGAGGACCAGAGAUACAAUAACAAUUGGAAUAAAUUUAUUGAAUAUAUAAAGGAGAACAACAAAAAUAUUAAGACACUAGCAGGACUGGAAUAACACCUCCAAUGUAAAACAGUAAAGUUAUGACAAUAAUAUAUGCAAAAAGUAUGUGAUGUAUAAACCAGCGGUUGGGAGGGAGGGAAGUCAGGAUUCGGCAGAGUCAAAGGGAUUAUAAUGUGACAAUAAGGAUUGUUGGAAAAAGAAUUACAUGUUGAAAACAAUAAAAAUUUAUUUUAAAAAAACCACAAAGGUAUCGUCAGCAGCUCAGGGGCACGGGACACCUGCUCUGCAUGCAGAAGGCCCCAGAUUCAGCCCCUGGCUGCAUCUCUCCCAAAAUCCUGGAGAGCUUCUGCCAAACAGUGGAGACAACACUCAGCUAGAGGGACCACGAGUCUGACUUGGAAUAAGACGCAUUCCUCUGUCCCUGCUGUUUGUUAACCACUGCUGGGAAUUGUAGCUUCCCGAGGCAUAAGCUACAGUUCCCAGGAUUCCCUGAGGGGAAGCUGUGCCCUUUAAAUGAGCAAACGCCCCUUGUAACAAAAGCACAUUUGCACAGGAGACAGGAGAUUGUGGGAAGGGUGCUGGGAAAUGUUUUGCAAGGGGUGAACUAUAGUUCCCAGGAUCUUCUGAGAGGAAGUCAUGGAGAGUGCCCUCCCCAUCCGUUUGCCAACGUUCACCUGGCGUCUCUCCUUUUCCCCCGACCUCAGUGACCCGCGGAGACGUUUUCACGCAGCCGGAAGACGACUACCAGGAUUACUACGACCUCCCCAACGCCACAACCCCCGAGCCCACGCCCACCACCGGAGCCCCCGAGUCAACCGCGUGGUUUGAGUACUCCGAUGUGUGGACGGGGGUGGAGGACUGGGGUGUGGUCAAGCCCACCAAAGAAGCCCCCUUGCCCGAGACAGAGGCCCCGACCGACGCCCCGGAAGAGGAGGAGGCCUGCAACGGGGCUCCUUUUGACGCCUUCACCAGCCUGAAGAACGGCUCAAUCUACGCUUUCCGGGGUACAGUCUGGGUCAGGGGGGCGGGGAGCUGACCCCAGCACCCACAAUCCAGACGUGGCUCUGAGGGGCAGCCAUUUAUCUUUUAUUUUUAUAAUUAGCCGACUUUAUUGCAAGGAGCACAACAAUUAUGCACAGGCACAUAAAUCAUUGCCGCACAAUAAAAGAGGGAAAACACGGGGGAAACUGAGUUCCAAAGUGCAGAACAAGGUACACCUUUAAAGGAGAGGUUUUUUAUUUAAAUUUCAAAAGCCCAUUUAUUUUUUAGAUAGCAAAUAAUAAUAAUAAUAAUAAUAAUAAUUUGAUUAUUUAUACCCCACCCAUCUGGCUGGGUGACCCCAAAUUAUGUGUACAUGUGUGAUCUUUUAAAACAUGCAGAUCAUUACAUUAAAACAUCACAGCACCAUCCAUUUCCUUAAAAACAGUGACUUCUCCAAAGCCUGUAGGAACAAGGAGGUCUCCAUGUGCCGGUAGGAGAACAGCAAGGAGGGAGCCCGUCUGGCUUCUCCAGGGAGGGAGUUCCAAAGUUAGGGAUUCUGGGAACAAAUUUUAACCUUCCUCCGCCUGUCUCUUCCUCUCCCUCCCUGAUCCAGGAAAGUAUUUCUACGAGCUGGACGAGAAGAGCGUGAGGCCGGGGUACCCCAAGCUCAUCAAGGAAGUGUGGGGCAUUGAGGGGCCCAUCGAUGCCGCCUUCACCCGCGUCAACUGCGAGGGCAAGACCUACAUCUUCCAGGUGAGAGGCUCACACACCCCAGUUCCCCUCCUGGCCCCCUGGCCCAGCCUUUGCCAAACCUGGUGCCUUGCAGAUGUUUCAAACUACAACUCCCACCAUCCUCCCUUACCAUAAGGGUGACGUGCUUUUGAACUGCUAGGUUGGCAGGAAUUGAGAUUAUUAGAGCAAGUUAAAUAAAAAAGAAUAGAAUUGUAUAUUGUAAACCACCCUGUGGUCUCCUGAAGAACUGUGGCAUAUAGAUUUAAAUCAUAAUCAUUAAUAAUUGCGCAGAAGUGAACAUCACAGUACGCAAAAAUUCAUAUCUCAGUAGUGGGGAACUUACAAAAAUGUGUUAUAUUUGGGGGAAAUGGCUUUGCAGAGAUGGGCCUCUCAGUCCAAACUCCAUGUUGAAAGGUGUAGAGUGGAAGAAAAUCGCCCUUAAACGCUGAUGACUUUUCAUGAUGAUUUCUCCCCACCACCACACCAAAAAAAAAACUGAUUUGGAAAUGCAGAGAACUUAAUGUAAGCUUGGAAAGUAAGUGGGGCCUCAGCCCUUUUCCUAUCCAGCUCUAAACGAGGGAUAACCCCAGACAGCUUUUAGGCCUCUGGAGGGUCCCAGCUCAGAGAAGGGGGCUGUCAGCUCCGGCACCUCUUGAUUUUUCUGAACCUGGUUGUGGAUCAGGCAGGGGCGUCUUGCCCAUAGAGGCAAGUGGCGUGGAGUGCCAGGGCGCCAGGUUCUGGAGAGCGCCAGGGAAGAGGCGGGGGUGGGCACAGCAUGGCACCUCCUGGCAUCAGCUCGCCGCCCUUUCCUGCCUCACUGAAGCAGCACUGCGCCCAGGGCCUCUGCCUCCUCCCCACCAGAGGAGCCGCCCUCCAGCCGCUGCCCGCCUCCUCCAGCCCUGCAAAGCUGCCGGCAGUGCCGUAAAAAGGUUGGCAACUCUGGGAAACGGGGUGUGUGUGUGCCAGAGGGAUCUUUGCACCAUGGCGCCGGAUAUACUUAAGAUGGCCCUGGGUUCAGGCAGCCCCCCACCUCAGCUGACGUGCAUCCCUGACCCCCGCCUGCCCAUGGCUUCCUCUCUCCUCCAGGGCAGCCUGUAUUGGCGCUUUGCUGACGGAGUCCUGGAGCCGGAUUUCCCCCGUAACAUCUCGGACGGGUUCAAGGGCAUCCCCGACGACCUGGACGCUGCCUUUGCCCUGCCUGCCCAGAGCUACUUCUCCAGCGAGAGGGUCUACUUCUUCCAAGGUGAGGCUGGGGGUGCGGUCCCUAAACACUACGGAGUUUAUGCUGCCUUUGAAGCGAGCUUAAGACGCAUUUCCCCCAACCCCAAAGAAUCUUGGGAAGUGUAGUUUAGAGGAAAGGCAACUGAGAGGUGACACAGAACUACAUUUCCCAGAAUCCUUAACAAACGAGAGUAAGAAAUAUAAGAAGAGGCUGCUGGAUCAAGCCAGUUGGCUAUCUAGUCUAACGUCCUGUUCUCACAGUGGCCAGCCAGGUGACCCCAUGGCAAACCCUCGAGCAGGAUCCGAGCCCAAGAGCCCUCUCACCUCCUGGGGUUUCUAGCAACUGCUGUUCAGAACCAUGGCUGCCUCCAAUGGCAGUGUAGUGUAGUGGUUAAGAGCGGUGGACUCAUAAUCUGGUGAACCGGGUUCGAUUCCCCGCUCCUCCACAUGCAGCUGCUGGGUGACCUUGGGCCAGUCACACUUCUCUGAAGUCUCUCAGCCCCACUCACCUCACAGAGUGUUUGUUGUUGGGGGAGGAAGGAAAAGGAGAAUGUUAGCCGCUUUGAGACUCCUGAAGGGGAGUGAUAAAGCGAGAUAUCAAAUCCAAACUCAGAGGCAGAGCAGAGCCAUCCUGGCUAGGAGCCACUGGAAGCCCUCUCCUCCUCCAUGGAUUUGCUUAAUAAUGACUGACAGCCGUCUGUCUCGGGAGACAAUGGAGGAGUGUGUCUUUGGGGGCGAGGUCAAGCGGUUGGAUAGUUGCAGUGCCUGCUGUGACUAUAAAGACUGAUACAGGAAAGACGUGUUUUGUUGCAGCUGGGGCAGAGGAAAGCAUCCGGUUGUGCUGCUGCAGAUGCACCAAGGAGUUUCUUCUCUCUGGGCUCCUCCCAGCGGUCAUUCCUCCUCUGGUCACUGCUGUGGAUGCACAACCUGACUGCCUGUCUUCUCCUCCUCCAUGCAUUGGUCUACUCCUCUUACAAAGCCAUCUAGUUGGCCAUCACCAUCUCCUGUGGGAGGGAGUUCCACAGUUUAACCCACAAGCAGGAUUCGAGCAUAAGUUCUGUUUCCAGCAAGUAUUGCUGCCUCUGAGCCAGGAGGCAAAGUAGGACUACUGUGUCUAGGAGCCAUCAGUAGCUUUCCCCUCCAUUUGUUCAAUACUCCUCUACAGCCAUCCGCAAUGGUGGUGAUCACUGGCUCCUGUUGCAGGGAGUUCCAGAGUUUAACACUGCACAGCAUGAAGAAGGACUUUAUUUUCUCUGCCCUGAAUCUUCUAACAUUCAGCUUCGCCCACGAGUUCUAGCGUUAGGAGACAGGGAGAAAAACUUUUCUCCGUCCCCUUUCUCCAGGCUGACAUGGCCUAACGCGUCAUCUUUUCCUGACCUUCUCUAAACGGAAGAGCCUUUUCUUGGUUCCUUAUAAAUUUAAGUUUUGAACCGACCCCCCCUGCAACGGCAUGAUGGGAAGUUGGGGACCCCAUUGCAAGACCCUCGCUGCCAUUGAAGAAGAGUUCUGGGAAGAUUUGCACCAGGAACAAGGGAGGUUGGCAGUGGGAUCUGCCAUCCCUGUGGAUCCUGGCGCAGCCCUCUGUGAAAUCUGUUCUCCUUCUCCGUCUGCCUCCCCAGGGCGGAAGUACUGGUCCUACGACUUCUCCAAGCAGCCGACGCGGGAGGACUGUGAGGCCACGUCCCCCUCGCUGGUCUUCGACCACUACGCCGUGCUCAAGGGAGACAGCUGGGAGGAUAUCUUCCAAGCGCUUUUCGGGGGCUCGCGGCGCAGUGAGUAGGGCAACAGCGGGAGGGUGUGGGGUGUCCGGGCUGAGCCCCUCUCUCCGCAGGGACCCACAGCUGGGCCGCACCCUGCUGAGCUGGCCCGAUGUGCUCGCUGGGGGCAAGAGAGGAUGGGACUCCUGCCCUGCUCAUACAUUUGGGGAGGGAUUUGGGGAGGGAUGUGGCUCAGUGGCAGAGCACCUGCUUGGCAUGCAGAAGGUUCCAGCAUCACCAGGUAGGGCUGAGAAGGUCUCCUUGCCUGAAACCCCAGAGAGCUGCUGCCAGUCAGUGUUGAAAACGCUGAGCAAGAUGGUCUAGGGCACCUUCCAAUUUUAACCAGUGGUUGAUGCCAUCCCAUGAGGACUGGAAUCUUACUAUAUUUUUUAAGGGAAGGGGCUCAGCUCAGUCAAAAGUCAGAAGAAGCCCCCAUUUCCUCUGCACACAUUCCAGCUUGACAAUAUCCUCCUUAAACUGGGGUGUACAGAGCUGGACAUGGGAGUCCAGGUGGAUCUGACCAAGGCAGAAUACAGCAGUAAUUUCACUUCCCUUGAUCUGGACGCUAGACUUCUGCAGAUGCUGCCUAGGAUUGCAUGAGCCUUUUCUGCUGCUGCAACACGCUGUUGGCUCAGUGUGCAGUUAAGCUAGGGAACUUGCUGCCGCAACAAGUCUCCCUUUUUCCAGGCCAAACAUAUCCAGCUGCCUUAACCCUUCCUCGUAAGGCUUGGUUGCCAGUCCCACAAUUGACUUGGUCACCCUCCUCUGCCCAUGUACAGAGACCCAAGGCUAUGGGGAUGGCCUGAGGAAAGCCUGGCCUUGCUGCUGCCCAGCUCUUCUGACGUCCCCCUCUCCAUUUCCAGGUGGGGCCAGCAGGGCCCGUUUCAUCAGCCGCGACUGGAAAGGGGUGCCCAGCGGCCUGGACGCUGUGAUGCUCGGCCGGAUCUACGUGGCACAGAGCCCUGCCCAGCGCCGCCCAGCAAGGAAGUCAUCACGCCGGCACCGCAGGAAGUACCGCCAGCGCCAGCGCUGGGGACGCUGGAAUGCGUGGGACUGGCAAGGCGAACCCAGCUCAGAGUCCUCGGACCUGGACUGGCUGCUGGGCGGGACCACCCCGUGCCAGCCCUUCCAGAGCGUCUACUUCUUCGUUGGCAGUAAGUACAUGGCAUGGAGGAAGGGGCGUGGCUGUUGCUGGUGAGGGGGGAAAUAGACACAAAAAGAGAACUCCCUGGAUGCCAAGAUCCAGGUUUGGGGCAAGCACAUUUUAGGGAGAGAACCCCAGUCCAGUUUUGAAAUUGCAGAAUAUGCAGCAAGGCAAAGCUUAGAAACAUAGGCAGUUAGAACUUUAAAAACUUGUGGGUUCACAAGUUAAAAAUGGUUUACUUGUUGUUGUCGUUUAGUCGUGUCCGACUCUUCCUGACCCCCUGGACCAGAGCACGCCAGGCACUUCUGUCUUCCACUGCCUCCCGCAGUUUGGUCAAACUCAUGCUGGUAGCUUCGAGAACACUGUCCCACUAUCUCGUCCUCUGUCGUCCCCUUCUCCCUGUGCCCUCCAUCUUUCCCAACAUCAGGGUCUUUUCCAAGGAGUCUUCUCUUCUCAGGAGGUGGCCAAAGUAUUGGAGCCUCAGCUUCAGGAUCUGUCCUUCCAGUGAGCACUCAGGGCUGAUUUCCUUCAGAAUAGAGAGGUUUGAUCUUCUUGUAGUUUGUGGGACUCUCAAGAGUCUCCUCCAGCACCAGAAUUCAAAAGCCAUCCAUUCUUCGGCGAACAGCCUUCUUUAUGGUCCAGCUCUCACUUCCAUACAUCACUACUGGGAAAACCAUAGCUUUAACUAUACAGACCUUUGUCGGCAAGGUGAUGUCUCUGCUUUUUUAAGAUGCUGUCUAGGUUUGUCAUUGCUUUUCUCCCAAGAAGUAGGCAUCUUUUAAUUUCGUGACUGCUGUCACCAUCUGCAGUCAUCAUGGAACCCAAGAAAGUAAAAUCUCCCACUGCCUCCAUUUCUUCCCCUUCUAUUUGUCAGGAGGUGAUGGGCCCAGUGGCCAUGAUCUUAGUUUUUUUGAUGUUGAGCUUCAGACCAUAUUUUGCACUCUCCUCUUUCACCCUCAUUAAAAGGUUCUUUAAUUCCUCCUCACUUUCUGCCUUCGAGGUUGUGUCAUCUUCAUAUCUGAGGUUGUUGAUAUUUCUUCCGGCAAUCUUAAUUCCGGUUUGGGGUUCAUCCAGUCCAGCCUUUCGCAUGAUGAAUUCUGCAUAUAAGUUAAAUAAGCAGGGAGACAAUAUACAGCCUUGUAGUACUCCUUUCCCAAUUUUGAACCAAUUCAUGUGCUUUUCCAUUUAGUGUGCAGGGAAAAAAAUGCACAGGCAGUAAAAUUUGGCUUAGGUACAAAGUGGCAAAAGUUUCUAGAAUUGGUAUAGGAACUCAAGAGUGGCUUGUAAGAGUCAUGUGGUUUGCAACUCAGACCUCACACCUUGAGCUUCUCUGGUAGACUAAGGGAACAAAGGUUUAAUGACCUAGUCCCUCCCAAGGUGAGCUAAGCCUGGCAGGACAGCUUACUCUAUGGUCUUAACCCCGUCAUGCAUUCAUUAGGCUUAAGAAUGCUGGUUAUCCCACAGUAGCUCAGUGGCAGAGCAUCUGCUUGGCAUGCAGAACGUCCCAGCCUCAAUCCUCAGUGGCAUCUCCAGGUAGCGAUGACGAGGAUUAUGGGACACUUGUAACACUGCCAGGUCCACUGAUCGAAUAGCUGGGCUAAGGCGAUCUCAAAUUUAUCAGAUUAGCAUUUCAAAAAUUAUAAUAAAGCCUAUUGAAAUGCAGCCGCCCUUCGGCAUUCACCGACAUCCAGAUUUUGGGCUGCAGUUCUCCAGCCGACUGUUGGGUACAGAAAUGAAUAUAUUAGAGGACAGUGUGCAUUACUAUUCAAAGGUAAGUGGAAAAAACGCCAACGAAAAAUGCUUUCUGUUAGGAAAAAAAGGUGCACAUGUGGUCAAAACAGAAGCGAUCUGCGCCUAGUGAACUUUGAUGAGGAUAUUUUUAAAAAACCUCAAAUUGCUGCAGAAAUCCAGAGAGCUGGAUUUAAGGCUGGAGGAGUGAGAAGCCAAAUUAACAUGAUUUCUUCCUCCCUUUCUGUACCUCCCUCCUUCCCUCCCUCUCAGACAAGUACUACCGCCUGAACCUGAACACUCGACGUGUGGAUUUCGUCUACCCCAGGUACCCGCGCCCCAUCUCCAAGUACUGGCUGGGGUGCCCGUCCGAUGAGGAUCUUGCCUGAGCCCAGCCAGAAAGCCCUCCACACUGUCGACAGCGGCCAAAUAAAGCCCUGAGUUCCAAAGACCGUAC